UACGAAACACAUGGAAUUUGCACGACCCUACCGGACCCUACGCAGCAGAUUUGCUUGCGGGGGAAUCUUACUUUUUUGCAUGACAUCAUCAUGCAAAUACAGGUGGUAGGUGAAAUGCAGCAGAGGGUAUGUUCCAGAAGUACCUCCCUCUUCACAGAGAAUGGGCAUGAAUGUGGGGCACCUGCUGACCCCGAGCUCCCAUUCAGAUGCUCUCGGUGUGGGGAGCAUGAGAGGUUCCGUAGCCUGUCUUCUCUGAGAGCCCACUUAGAAUACAGCCACAACUACUACCAUACCAUGCAUGAGCUGAGGCUCCCGACCAGCAGGGGGCACUCUCAUCCAGAGAGAGUUCUGCACGUGCGCUCACUCAGUGACACACGAGGGGUCAAUAGCUGCAUGGAGCGGUGUCGUAGGCAUAGUGUGGGGACACAAGCAGCAGAGAAGAUGCAGACUGAGGAUGAUGAAGAGGAAGGAGCAAGUGAAGAUGAUCUCAAAUUCCGCAAGUGCAGCCCUGUGAAAACUAAUAUCCCCUUGCCUCUUCCAUUAGACAAUCCCACAGAACCAGGCAGCGAGACAGAGGUAGUUUCCCAAAAGUGGAGCAUCUGUGCUGGGGAGGUUUCGGUCCGACGCAGGCUGACCAACGUGCUACGGGCAGCAGACAGCACCAUGCAGAGAAGGCUGCACAGGAUAAGCAGAGAGCUGGCCCAGACAGACACAGAGCUACAGUGUGAGCGUGCACACUCCCAACACUUAGCCCAGGAGAGGCAGGAGGUACAUGAGAGGGAGAGGGCGCUGAGCCGGCAGGUGGAUAUGGCUGUGAUGGUGAUUGCCACACUCAAGGAGCAGCUCAACAAUUCAGAGAAUGAGCUGGAGAGGAGAGAACAGGAGGUUAUUACCAUUCAGAAUUUCCUGGAAGCUGCAGCCCAGCAUGAGAUAUGUGGUAAAGUUCGGAUCCAACAUUUCAUUGAGAACUUGCUCAAACGCAUCGCCCUGGCUGAGAGGCUACUGGAGUACUACCAAAUUUCCCCCAGCCCACCAAACUACAAUGAUUACAUGCAACAGACAGCUGAAAAUGGAUCUCACAGAAUCACCAAAAGCAGGUCAGCGGGUUUUCAGCUGUCACAGUCAUGUCCCCAGGAGGGUAGAAAAUACCACUCCCAGUUAGGACGAGCGUUCCCCAAUGCCCCUAGAGAGCGAAUGGGUGCCUCUGGCUGCUUUAGACCUGAUCGCAGAGAUGAAGUCUGGACCCAGCGCCAAAGAUCAGCUGGGUUUGAAGACUAGGUAAUCUGAUGCAUGUAUGAAUCCGACCAUUGAAUGUAUAUAUGGGAAAUUGACAUAAGUUAUUUUUUGUUUGAAGAUUUUAUAAUAAAAACAUUUUAAUUUAUUAAUUUUCUUAAUGCAAAUUUCUAAAUGUUUUAGUCUGUUUGGAAACAUACGGAUGAAUCAAUACAAUUAUACAUUUGUUUUGGCAUGUCAAAGAAUGUGAAAAUGUCAUGAGGUGCAUGCACGAAUACACAUUCACCUGAGCAUACAUAUCUAAGUGUAUGUGAUGAUAUUAUGAAAUAUUGUCAAUAUAUUUUCAGAGGAAGCAGUCACUGUAUUUUAAAUACUUUUGACAAACAAUAUAAUUUGAAAAACACUAUAAUUUGGUGCAAAUAGGAUUAAAAUGCCCGUUUUGACGACAACAUAAUUCAUUUCCACGUGUCAAUAUCAAAAAACAAUGUGUGUGUGUAUAUAAAAUUACGCCUGUUAAGUAAAUGCAGGUCCGAAACAAUUCCAGGAGCCCCUCCUCUCAGACUGUAAGAACCUAGUAAAUCCCUGCCCUCCAUUUCAGAUCCGCUCUUCAUUGCAACAUGAACACCGUAAGGUAUAUAGGUGCAGAGUAUCAGUUUCUAAAAUCAUCUCUGAAUUAUCAUGUGCAACUAUAGUAUCUGUCCAAAGUUUAGACACACUUGCCCAUUCACUUGAAUGUGUGUGUCCAAACCAUUGGCUUGUACUGUAUCUUAUAAGAUAAAUAUUUAAUUAUAAAUCAAGCAAAUUAUAGUGGUUGCACCAUAUGACAUUUUCUCAGGACUAAUUAGAUUUAGGAUUGAAACCCUUAUUUGUCAGUUGCCCAUAUAAUACUGUAUUUGUUUAGUCAAUCAAUGGUUAGACAAUACCAGGGUUGGGAUAAAAUCAAAGGAACUGAAUUCAGAAAGUGAUUUCAAUGUAAAAUUUAAACAUCGCUGACCCAGGAUUCAAGGUGAAGCAAUUUGGCGCCCCAAACAUUUCUUCCUGUCAGAUAUGCCCUUAUUUAAAAAAUAUUGAAUACCUUUUUCUUUUUUAAAUGUACAGAAUGUUUUAUGACACUGGUUAAUAAACUGGUUAAUAUGCAUUGGUGUAAAAUCACAACCAAUUGAAUGUUUGUCAUUUCAUAUUAGCCAUAUUGCUUGAAAUGCCUACCUACGUGUUGACGUUGUUUUGACUUUGGUCCAUAGAUGCUAUAUAUUAAGUCCCUUCCUGAUCCGGCCAGUGGUAAUGGAGGGAUGUCAUUUUCACAUAAUUCAAAAUGGUGGGACAAUUCCUGAUUCUUCCAAGAAGCAAAAUUAUUCCUUGUGAGAAGAGACACCAAUUGUCAUGACUAGGUGAUCCCCUAAAACAAUACUAAGAAACUGUAUUUUUCAGUGUAUUGAGAAGUUUAGAAAAGACGUAAUAUAUAUAUAUAUUUUUUACAUUAAUAAAUCUAUAUAUUCCAUGGCAGCUUUUAAUUUAAAUGGCCCAAUCCUGGAUAAUACCACCUUGUUUCCAAAAAAGUUGGGACGCUGCGUGAAGUGCUACUAAAAACAGAAUGCAAUGAGGUGCAAAUGAUGU